AUGGAUUCUGUUGUAUCAUCUCUAUCAACGAUGAAAAAACAUAAGCUUGCUAAGAAGAAAACUGAAAUAUCUUCAUCUAUGGCAAGUCACACGACAGAUCCCAAUACAUCUUCAACAGCAACAACAACAAAGAUUACUGGUUAUGCAAGAUGGAAAAAGGAAUUUAAUACUGAAUUAUUGACAACUAACAAUCAUUCAUCAAAUAAUCCCUUACUCACAUCAGAUCGUUAUAAUCACACAAUUGAAUUAAUAAAUAGUGCAAAAUUAAAACGCUAUAGUGAUAGAAGUGAACAAGAAAUAUCAUCAUUAAAAACAUAUGACGUAAUAAACGCUGGUAAUCAACAGAAAUUAGUAAAAAAGAUUAAUUCAUCAGAAGUUGGUACUGUUAAAUAUUAUGUUUCAUUCGAUGAAUUAUUUGAUAUUAUACAAACUGUUCAUACUUUAACUGGCCAUCGGGGAAUUAGUAAUAUGAUGAAAGAAAUUUUUAAAAAAAGUAUGCAAUAUUACUGA